AUGGCUCUACGACUCGAACAUGCCACUAUUGAGGAUGUCCCAGCCCUCACGGACCUCUGGUUCACUGUCUUCAAUGACCCCAUAAUGAGCCACAUGGUGCCCAACACCCCCGGGGUGCGGGAAUGGUUCAGUGAGACCAAUCGCAUCGACAUGCUCACGAAGCCAUAUCAAAAAUACUUAAAAGUCAUCGACCCUAGCACCGAAGUAGCAGGCCGUCCCCGGAUAGCUGCCUACGCGAAAUGGGAUUUGAGCAUGGCCAGUGAGCGCGGGCCUCGCUUUGCGCCUUGGCAUGCUGAGCAACCUGGCUCUGAUUGCGACGCUUUCUUCGGGGCUAUGGAGGAGAAACGGCAACGGUUGUAUGGGGACCGGAAGAACUUCUAUCUGGAUAUGCUUGCCACCCACCCGGACUACCGUCGUCGCGGGGCGGGUUCUAUGUUGAUUCAGUGGGGGUGUGAUGUUGCGGAUCGGGAGGGUUCUGGGGCUUAUAUCGAUGCUUCUAAGGCUGGUGCUCCGCUGUAUGCGAAGCAUGGCUUUGUGGACCACAACAAUCCUGCGGAUAAGAGUGAAAUUGCCUCUAUGAUGCGGAAUUAG